UUCAUCUUCGUGCCAGGAGGGCAUACACACUAGGGCAUUCCUGAAAAUUGCACCAUAUCUUCAGCAAAUCGCCAACACUGCUCUGUUUGUGUUUGCUGACGGAGCUCGCCUUGUUCUGUUUUGUGUUUGUGUGUUUGUGUGUGGUGUUGCUUUGCUUGGUUGGAGCAGCAUGCGGGUGUUGUGGUGCUGGGGCGGUGGUUCCAGUGGUCCUUCUUCCACUGAUGAGUAUCAACUCCUCUUUGCGAGGCGAUGGCCAGCUGUGGAGCGACGUGCACGAGUCGUGCAUGGCAAACACUACACAGCGCCACCGGAUGCAGACACUGUGCUCUCCACGUUUACGUCGGCUUCAUGCACGAGCGGCUCAGAGCACGUGACAAACGUGGAUGAGCUGGACAGCGCAGAUCCAGCACAGAUUGAGCUGCUCCAGCUGACAGAGCCGCCCCUGUUUGUCGUUGAUGGCUGCUGGCCUCUCGUCGUCUUGCAACGCGACAACUAUGUUGCCGGCUGCCUGCCAUUUGUCGAAACACCGCCCACACCAACCGACAAGUCGACAGCCCUCUUGCAAUCACCGGAUGUGUCAUCGAGCCUUUCAUUUCUGGAAGAGCUGCUCACGUUGCUAUCUCGCUUGGAGGGCCAGUCUGCGGCUGUUGUGCAGAGCGAGUUGAGCAUGUUCAGCUCCUUGGCGUGCCCAACCGGCGUGUAUGAUGGCCUCUCAUAUCCACACGUCACCACCCUCCUGACAAAAGGCACUGACACAUCGCCUGUGGUGAUGCCUGCCUGGCGAGUUGGUUCACACGCGGAGGCGCGACCGAGUCUGGAGUUCUUCAUCACAGAGACUGUCACCGCAUCACAACAGCACCCUGUGGACUACUAUGAGUCCAUGGUUGUGAGUGGCGUGGUGUCGUGCCGAGCAGCGCUUGCAGGCAAACCAGAAAUCACGGCCACCAUUUCAUCUGGGACCGACCUCACCCGGUGUCACGUGCAUCACUGCGUCCAGCAAAGCCGGUCUGGUGGCAACAGCACGCAGCGCACCGUGACAUUCAUCCCACCCAUCGAACGCUUUGAUCUCUUGCAAUACAAGGUGACGCUCGCUGCUGAGCCGCUGCAGCCGCCGCUGCUUGGAUCAUACGAGAUGACAUCGCGAGGCGACCAAUCCCGAGUGUCUUUCACGUUGACGUUGCGACGAAGUGACCGAUACACGGGCCCACCGCUGGAAUCGGUCGAGGUUGUGCUGCCUUUCUUCAAUCGCGGGUGCGUCUCUGGACAGUCCCUGCGGCCAACAGCCGGCACGGCGAGCGCAAUGCGUGGCUCGCACGUGGUGGUGUGGCGGCUGGACAAGCACUUCUCUGGGAAGCAGGUUGCAGCGAGCUUGCAGGGGGAGCUGAGAUUUGACGUGACAGCCAGACACCAAGGCAUGGACGACCCGUUUUGCACAAAUGUGACGUCGUAUGCUGAUGUGCGGUGGGUGGCGCAGGGGAAGACGCUGUCCAACACGUUUGUCAACACAGACACGGUGCGGAUACAGCCGCCGCUUGCGCGGGGCAAGGUGAAGGCGGUGGUGACGUCGACACUCAAGUCGGGCGAUUAUCGCAUCUGGAACGUUCACGGCAGCAGUCGCCAGUGCAUCCCACCGUCCCCGGACCGAGAGCAGAACCCGUGAACAGCCGUGGUCUGGGUGGGUGGUGUCUAUGGGCCGUAGAUAGUGGUGCUGUGGUUGUAGGUAGUGGUGGUGCUGGGAUUGUGCUUGGUUGUGGCGAAUGUAUGCGUCCACAUGCCUGUGGCACAAUGAGGCAGGGCUUGUUUGCGACUGUUCUGGUCUGUGUGUGUGUGUGUGUGUGUGUGUGUGUGUGUGUGUGUGUGUGUGUGUGUGUGUGUGUGUGUGUGUGUGUGUGCGUCCCCUCGCACUCCGUCCCUGUUGUUGUUACUUUGGUCGAUAAGCGAAUGGCGAUCAGUUGGUUGUGUGGAACGUCUUGUUGUUGAUGACGAUAAACAGCAGCAAAUCAGGCA